UAAAGUUUUAUUAUAUUUUCAGUAAACUCUGUUCAAAAUGUCUGAAAAGAUAGGUAUUGUAGGAAGUGGUUUGAUAGGAAGGAGCUGGGCAAUGCUGUUCGCUAGUGUUGGAUACAAUGUAACGAUAUAUGACAUCCUGCCCGAACAGAUUGAAAAUGCUAAGAAAGAUAUUGAACAGCAAACACACACAUUAAAGAGUAAAAAUUUGCUAAGGGGUCCAAUACCAGCGGAGCAACAAAUAAAUUUGAUCAAAGGGACCAGUGACUUAAAGGAUCUUGGAGAUGCAGUUUACAUACAAGAAUGUGUUCCUGAAAAUUUACCUUUAAAACAGAAAGUUUUUGGAGAUCUGGACAAAGUAGUGGGACCUAAAACAAUCUUAGCAAGUUCUACAUCGACGUUUCUUCCCUCUACAUUCACAGAACACAUUAACAAUCGGAAGAAUGUGAUAGUGGCACACCCAGUAAACCCACCUUAUUACGUACCACUUGUCGAAGUUGUUCCAGCCCCUUGGACAGAACAAUGGGUCGUCGCUAAAACAAAAGAGAUCAUGACAAAGAUCGGGCAAAGUCCAGUUGUUUUAUCAAAAGAAACACCUGGAUUCGCUUUGAACAGGAUACAGUAUGUAAUUCUUAAUGAAUGCUGGCACCUAGUAAAUGAUGGAAUUCUCAGCGUAGAAGAUGUAGAUAAGGUGAUGUCGGAGGGACUUGGUAUGAGAUAUGCUUUUCUCGGUCCAUUUGAAACGGCUCAUCUUAAUGCUGAAGGAAUGGAAAACUACUGUGAAAGGUACAGUAAAUCCAUGUAUGCAGUUUGCCAAACCAUGAAGCCUGCUCCGAAGUUUGAGGGUCCGUUGGUAAAUACUCUGAUGGAUCAGCUUUCUGAGAAAACUCCUGUCAAUCAGCUACAGAAAAGGCGAGCUUGGAGAGACAAUUGCCUUACCCAACUGUCUAUUCUGAAGAAGAAGUUGUAA